CUGCGACUGGUGGGGUAGUACUAGAUCCUGUUCGGGCUCCAUCUGGAGGUGCCGGCGGGGGAGGCAAGAAGACGUUCGCAUCGGCAACAACAUCGCCGGGGAAGAAUUCUAAAGGGCCGCAGCACAAUAGUGGUCAUGCGCGACCGCUUGCUGCAGAUGAAGCACAGCAACAAGUCCCACCGGCUGCAAGUGGAGGUGGUACCAAUAAUUACACAACUACCAAGAAUUCUGCGACCACUUCUAGCACAACAACCAUUGCCACCACGACACCGCCUGUCGUGUCUGAGUACGCUGAGGCAAGGUCCAGGAUCCUACAACAGGCCGCCGCCGCGAGUGCUGCAGCAACUAGAUCUGCAGGUCGUGUUGAAAAUAAUUUAGUGGCAUCUUUAUUGGGAGGUAGUCCUGAUUCAUCUUCCGCCUCGAGUGUCAGUCUCAAAAAUCCUGUUGCACCGGCAGCGCCAUCAACUGACGUACAGUCGAACGACCACAGAAUCGGUUCCUGGCCGUCGCCGUCCACGUCCACGUCCUCCUCGGGGAAUACCAUUGAAGUCGCGACGAUCUCCACAGUCGCCGGCUUACUCCCGUAACACACCCCCUUCCAAGGCCGUCCGAAAAACUCCGAAAACAUUACGACAACAAUCCGAAAGUGGAGACAAAAAACAACGGGGCAGCGACUCGAGAAAGCUUCUUCGCAGUUCAGAAGAUAAUCGCUCCGCCGCGACUCGGUUCGUUGGCGCAGCAACAUUAACAAAAAGCGCUUCGCAGCUUUGAACUGCCGGCGUUUUGCGCAGUCCACAAAAAGCGGCCCGCGGCAGGUCUGGACCACAUGGCAGCGAAAACGCGCAAAAGUGUGGGCCGCAUACCAUCGGCGCAGUGUGUCCACGCGCCAGCCCCGGGCGGACUACGUAGGAGCCCAGCGCGCAAACGCGUGCGGCAGCAGCAUGGCAACGAGGCCGCGGCGGCACGCCGAUGGUUUUAGAGAGGGAAGAGGCGGGCCGUUUGCCUUUUUGCAAUGCGGCCGAUUGGCUGAGAUGCGAACCAGGCGGAUCGUUCUGGGCUUCUCGCUUUCAGCGAGCGCCGGACUUAGGUGGGGAAAAGGCGCGCCGUAUGGCUGUGCUGCUGGGCGUGCGCGCACCACCACAAAAGGCGUGCACCCCACACCAUCGGGGCUGCGUGUACACGCGCCCCACCGAGCUGUUUACGCAGGCACCCAGCGCGCAAAAGCGUCGGCCGCAUACCAUUGGCGCUGUGUGUCCACGCGCCAGCCCCGGGCGGACUACGUAGGCGCCCAGCGCGCAAACGCGUGCGGCAGCAGCAUGGUAACGGGGCCGCGGCGGCUCGCCGAUGGUUUUAGAUAGAGAGGGAACAAGAGGCGGGCCCUUUGCCUUGUUGCAAUGCGGCCGUCCGAUUGGCUGAGAUGCGAACCAGGCGCGUCGUUCUGGUUUUCUCGCUUUCGGCGAGCGGUGGAAUUAGGUAGGGACAAGGCGAGCCGUAUGGCUGUGCUUUUGCGCGUGCGCACACCACCACAAAAGGCCAGCCCCUCACACCAUCGGGGCUGCGUGUCCACGCGCCAGCCCCGAGCUGUUUACGCAGGCGCCCACCGCGCAAAAGGUUGGGCCGCAUACCAUCGGCGCUGUGUGUCCACGCGCCAGCCCCGGGCGGAUUACGUAGGCGCCCGCCGCGCAAAUUCGUGGGCAAGCAGCAUGGCAACGAGGCCGCGGCGGCACGCCGGUAGUUUUAGAGGGGGGCAAGGCGAGCCGUUUGGCCGUGAUGCUGGGCGUGCGCUAACAACUACCACAAAAGGCGCGGACGCCACACCAUCGGGGCGGCGUGUACACGCGCCCCCGGCCUGUUUAUGAUAUGGGGGCGCCCCCCCCGGCGCGCAAAAGUGCGAGCAGCAUAUCAAGGCGGCCCGCCGAUGGUUUUAGAGGGGGACAAGGCGCGCCGUUUGGCCAUUUUCUUUCUCCCGCCCACCAUCUCAGGCCAGCCCUGAUCUCCUUCGCAAGAAGAUCGACGGGCUUAGGCGGGAACAGGGCGAGCCGUUUGGCUUUUCUUCUUUUCUGGAAGUCGCGGGCGAUUUCAUGUUCCGCAAAGGAGUGUAUCGCGUCCGCGUCUCCGGAGUGCAGCAAAUCCGCGACUCCGCAAAGAAUCCGAAACUGCCUCCCAUUUUUUCGCUCCGAAAAUUUCGCCGCCUGCUAUGAUGAAGGCGGUCGCUUUUUUUCGCAUCUUCCCGACGCCUUUUUCGGAGUCUUUUCGGAGUCUCUUCGGAUUCUUAAAAGUUGCGUUUCGUGGGGAUUUUGGGUAGGCUGAAAAAAAGCUAUUAACGAGGGCACACAUCAUGCAAACCCGACCAAAACAGCGAAGGCCUAGAAAAAACAUCGGACGCAGUGCCGUCGUGGGUAACAUUACCCCCGAUGGUAUUCGUGCCGUUUCCUGGGCGCCCAAUUUUCCCCGGUCUGGCAGCGCUUACAUAACCCGACGACGCGGCUGUCUAUCUUGUUGGUAGUCUCUCUCGAUCUGUAAAGCACAGCCCGGCUGUCCGUUGUGUUUCCAUUUAUUGUUGUAUGUUAGAGCGCUGUAGAAUUAGACCCGUCUGGCCCGCAUCUCAGCCCAUCAGCCUCAUUGCGAAAACGGUCGGGGCCUGCUUGGUAUGUUGGGGGAAAGUAAAAAGAAACCCAACGGCCCGCCUCUUCCCCCUUUAAAACCAUCGGCGUGCCGCCGCGGCCUCGUUGCCAUGUUGCUGCCCCACGCGUUUGCGCGUUGGGCGCCUACGUAAUCCGCCUGGGACUGGCGCGCGUACACACAGCGCCGAUGGUAUGCGGCCCACAUUUUGUCGCGUUGGGUGCCUGCGUAAACAGCCCGGGGCUGGCGCGUGUACACGCAGACCCGAUGGCUUGGGGCGCGCGUCUUUUGUGGUGGUGCGCGCACGUCCAGCAUCACAGCCAUACGGCUCGCCUUGUCCCCACCUAAGUCCACCGCUCGCGGAAAGCGAGAAAACCAGAGCGGCUCGCCUGGUUCGCAUCUCAGCCCAUCGGCCUCAUUGCGAAAACGGCCGGACGGGGCUUGCUUGAUAUGCUGGGGAAAAGUAAAAAGAAAGCAAACCGGCCCGCCUCUUCCCCCUCUAAAACCAUCGGCGUGCCGCCGCGGCCUCGUUGCCAUGUUGGUGCCCCACGCGUUUGCGCGUUGGGCGCCUACGUAAUCCGCCCGGGGCUGGCGCGUGUACACACAGCGCCGAUGGUAUGCGGCCCACAUUUUCGCGCGUUGGGUGCCUGCGUAAACAGCUCGGGGCUGGCGCGUGUGCACGCAGCCCCGAUGGUGUGGGGCGCGCGCCUGUGUAAUUGAAAACUAGUUUUGAACGCUGUUUCUCAUAGAUCAAAACUCAGAAAAUGAAGAGGAUGAUAAGGAAAAGCCAAGAAAUCGAUCGAGCAAGAGAAAAGACCGAAAACCAAGGAAAAGCAAGCAAAUUCUUGCCGCGAUUGAAAAGAAAAGGAAAGAGAAAAGAAGAGAAGAAGAAAGCAAAGAAAUUAGGUCUGAUUUACGCUGAAUUCGCAUUACAAACUGCCUUUUCACUACUUUCAAGGAGCUGAGCCACGGCUACGGACACGGUUAGGAAUAUGAAAAGACGCGAAAUAGCAUUAGAAACUGGGAAAGACUAGACUUGGAAUAUUAAAUCUGUAAUGCGUAUUUGUGGAAUUUGGAGUAGUUUUAGAUGUUGUUCGAAUUUGACUUCGGUGUGUUUGCGUCUGAAAAAAUAACCUCUCCAUUUCGAAACUAGAUCCUUCAAUUGGUGGAGAACCUGGGCAUAGUUCGACACAGCUGCGAAGAUGCUUUCUACUGUUUUAGUUAGAUUCCCCACUACAAUGGCCUCGAAGAACCGAAGGAAGAAAGAGAAGGCGCUAAAGAAGGAGAAGAAGCACCACAAGAACGCCGCAAAGAAACCGCAAGAACAGUAUUACAUGAAGGGGGAAAAGUUUGCUUCAGCAAGAGGUGGAAACACACCUGGCCCGCAGGUGAAGUCGAGAACAAUGGAGAUUAGAGCUCUUAAUGGAACAGAACCGCGCAAAGAAUUUGGAUUAGACGAUGCUGAAAAGGAAUAGAACGGAGAUCAACCAGACCAGUCCCAGAACCGGAAGCCGCUUACAUUUUUUAGACCACGGGAAAAGAUUUUUUAUACGGAGAAGGACAAGGAGUUCUUCUGCCACUGGAUAGAUUUAUUUGUUUAACGAGACCCCAGUCGCCACAAAGUUCGCGGGAGAACAGUUUACAGAUGCGCCUGGGGUACGUUCCAAGAUUUAUGGGAUUUUUUCGACUUACGGAUACGGAUGUUGUUUUUCUGCGGUUACGGUUAAGCGAUGGCAGCGAAGAUUUUCGAUUUAUGUAUUGCAGCAGGACCCGAUGCAGAUUUAUAGGCGCGCGACUAUUCCAGCAAGACCGACAGUGACGGAGAACAGCUACAGAAGGCUUUGAGUGGUUGCUUGCUACUUUGCUUUGCCCACUAACGAAACGGGAGUAGCUCGACAAGACGGCGGUAGCCUGUUCACCAGUUCACUACGUAGAGACGGGGAUGAAGAUGCGGCGAUGUGUUUUUUUUUGCAGAAGCAGGUAGAAGCGGGCUUGACUAUGGUGCAGGUGUUUUUGAUUUGGGAGUAGAAGUAGAGACCAGGGCUUGUGGGUACUACUACUUUUUCGAGAUUUGUUUCGAGCACAGCAGGAGCAGAAGACCUCCCUCCCUCACAGUAGCAGUGCAGAGCGGAGCGGCCGUUUACAGUAGUAGACAUGCAGGAUUUGUUUUGAACAGCGGAGACGGAGAAAGCGGCACUCCGUGCAGAGACCGUUGGCGUGAAGAUGAAGAGUAAGAGUUUCUUUCGGACGCAGCAGUAAUUCGGAUUGCAUUUCCGCCUCCAAAUUUCAACCACGGCGUUACGAAGAUGGAGUACUAUUCCAGUCUCGCACGAGAGAACCCGGCUCAAGAUUUUAGACGAAGAGCGGGCUGGAUAGGUAGAUCAGCAGUAGCAGUACCGACGAAGAAAGGAGAGCGGCACAGAUGUAGACAGCUCAAUAUAGUACAUACCUAGAUGCAUGAAAGAGAUUUUCUUUGCUUUCGCAGUUCGAGCCUGCGGCCAGAUUCGACAUGAAGCGGUUGUAGCAGGCGUAACUACUUACGACCCCGACUUGUAGCAACGGGGGCGACAGCAGUAGUACAGGGCGAAACCCAAGACUGCGACUUUUCCCCUUCCCCCUUUGUGUUCGCAACGCCGGUAGAAGCUGUUGCUUUUUCGAAGACGCAGUGAUGAAGAUAAGAAGAUGAAGAAGAAGUUCCAGUCAGGGGGCGUGUAGUCGUACUGCGGUCGACUUUGUCGGUGACUGCAACUUCUUCGCUUGGUGUUCCGUCCUGAUUCAGGCUCCCGAUACACGCUGACCUACCGGGAUUCAAGAUUUCUAGCUUCGGGGCUCGAGGUUUGUGUUCGCAGUUUUAGGAUUUUGGUCCUCUGGUCCUCUCGGGUUUCGGGGAUGACUACCUGCUGAAGAUAGAUCUGCACUUGUGUUCGGGAUGAAGAAAGAAGAGUAGAUGACGAAUGACGGCGAUGAUAAUUUGACUUCGGGUUUCGGGCUUUUAGGCACUAGUAGACCUUGACGAGUACACUCGGGCAGAGGUGCGAAAGCACCAGGACAACAAGAAGAAAACUCGGGACAACACUAAAACACGGGCAUAGACUAUGAAAGCAAAGCAGCAACAGAAAAGCAAAAGCAAAAACCAGGACGCAGAGCAGAGAACAGUAGGAAGAGGUCGCCGAUACGAACGCGAAACACCGCGAAGCAAGAACGUAGAGCAGUAUGGGGGCGUAGAACAAUUUCGAUUUCGACAACAAGCAGCACGCAGCACUGACUCCGAUUUUUAGACGCAGGAACGAAAAAGGAAAACGGAAUACAGUAAUAGUAGCGCGAACAGCAGCAGCAGUGGUGACAACGAGUGCUGCGGUCUUUCGGAUGUAAGAUUUUGGAACACAGCAAUGGGGGCGCGGAGCGACUUUGACUUCAACUUUUACAACUUUCAAAUGCAGGGACUAGGAGACACGGAAAUUUAGACGCAGGAUCAGCAGUAGCAGUGACGAUGGCAAGACGCGCAGUUUUUCGGAUGCAGGGUUUUCAGGAUUCGCAGACACCGACGCGGCAGAGUUUGAAUCUGCUUCCGUUCAGCAUGACAGAUUGGAGUUUUCGGAUGGAGGACGACGGCGAGCUUCGUAUGGCGUUAGGGGGCAGUGCCACCUGCCGAUGCUGGAGAGAUUUGUUUUCGACCGACGGCAGCACGAUCUUCGUUUUCGAUGUGACGCGCCGAUGGUACCGACAGCCGGCCGAUGAAUUUCUGUACGACUUUGGCACCCUUGCGACGAAAAAUUGCUUCUGCACCACGACCGCCGUUCUUUCCCCGUUGACGUAAGGACGAUGCAGAUGUCGAUGACCCCGUGCGAUUUCGGUUCUAAGACUACUCGACGACCACGGACUACGCCUGUAUCUUUCGACGACUUUUUGUACUCCGACCGACAAGAGCCUGACUUCGGGUUCGUUUGGGGAAAUUGCAGCACGAGUUCGAUUCCUAUUGCGAAAUUUGUAAUGCGGUUUUACGCUCGGGGCGACGAAGAUUUGUUUUCGCUUUUCGGCCGGAGAAGAAUUUGUUCCCGACCAUCGCAUGCAGACCUUCCGAUACCAAUCGCGACUCGAGAAUGAGACGACUUCAGAUUUACGCGAUCCCGGUGCUGAUACGGUGUGGAAGGAAGAUUUGUUUCUGGAGUACAUGCGGCGAACAAUUUGUUUUGGACAGGAGCCGACGCGGAUGCGACUUUGUCAUGCUGGAUUUCGAUAAAUGGUUGGACUACGAGAUGACGAACUUGAUCUUGUGCGACGACAAUUCGAAUUUGUGUUGCUGGAUUUGAACUACGACCGGCUUUGGAGUACGACGGGAGAAUUUGCGAUAAGAAGGACGAAGAUGGAUUUGGACAUGGGAUCCUUCAAUUGGUGCUCGCUGUGCGCAUGAUACGGAUUUGCUGACGACGUUACGGUAUUGGUUUCGGAUUUGCGAUGAGAAGAAAUCGAUGCUGCGAUGGAAGUAGAUGAUGUGAUGAGGAUUGGAAGACGAAGUUUAUGGAAGCUGUUUAUGGAUUUAUGCUAUACAGAUUUGGAUUUACGAUUUAGAAUUUCAUGUAGGAUUUAGACCAUCCGUUUCUGUUUCAAGCUUCUGUAAGAUUUGUGGUUUUAGAUUUUGAUCAUGAGAAAAAGCGUUGGGGGCGGUUUGUGUAAUUGAAAACUAGUUUUGAACGCUGUUUCUCAUAGAUCAAAACUCAGAAAAUGAAGAGGAUGAUAAGGAAAAGCCAAGAAAUCGAUCGAGCAAGAGAAAAGACCGAAAACCAAGGAAAAGCAAGCAAAUUCUUGCCGCGAUUGAAAAGAAAAGGAAAGAGAAAAGAAGAGAAGAAGAAAGCAAAGAAAUUAGGUCUGAUUUACGCUGAAUUCGCAUUACAAACUGCCUUUUCACUACUUUCAAGGAGCUGAGCCACGGCUACGGACACGGUUAGGAAUAUGAAAAGACGCGAAAUAGCAUUAGAAACUGGGAAAGACUAGACUUGGAAUAUUAAAUCUGUAAUGCGUAUUUGUGGAAUUUGGAGUAGUUUUAGAUGUUGUUCGAAUUUGACUUCGGUGUGUUUGCGUCUGAAAAAAUAACCUCUCCAUUUCGAAACUAGAUCCUUCACGCCUUUUGUCGUGGUGUGCGCAGGCACGCCCAGCACCACGUCCAUACGGCUCGCCUUUUCCCCACCUAUGUCCGCCGCUCGCUGAAAGCGGGAUGGAAAACCGGAACGGCCCGCCUGCUCUCGUCUUCUAUCUGCGUCCAGUCCCUUCCUGUUUCUAUCUCGGUCGUGCUGGUUGCUCUUUUUUAUAACCUAUGGCCAGCGCCUUUGUUUCUAAAGUUAUGAGCAUAGAUUGUUGCAGCUAAAGUUAUGGUCUACGACCAUGGCAGCGACUUGCUCUCUGCGAUCUACUUUUUCCUCGACCGCGAUGGCUUGGCAAAGGCGGCAGAGGCCAACGCGAUCGCAAAACGACACAGGGGCGGGCCGUUCGAUCAGGAGCGGGCGGAGGGUCUUCGGCUCAUUUUUGGCAAGUCCCUCCGCAGCAAUUUUCAUUCACAGUUUCGUAAUCUCGUCGGAAUCCUUUCGGAGUUUUUUCAUUUGUGAGCAUGGGGGUGCGUUAUGGGAGUAACCGGCACAGUUGUGCAGUGGGACGCGCACGAUCCGGAAUCCGCAAAUCUGUCAGCGGCGGAAAUCCGACGGAUGCGGCAGCUCAUGGACGAAAGCAACAGUAAGCCAAUGACUGAAAUGAAAAACACCAGCAGCAGCACGAAAAAUGUGCUAAAAAGCACCAGUGGGGCCCCCACAGGAGGAGGAUCUUCUACCUCUUCACCACAAAAGGAGCCACUAGGGUCGUGUAACAACAAGAACAAAUCAGCACCUAGUGUUGUCUGCAACACGGACGGUGGACCAGGACCACCCGCGCUCUCUACAACACCAGCUGGCCCUACUUCUAAUCGUGCAGAAGAUAAUUCCAGAACGACAGCCUCGGGGUCGUCCGCCAUCGGCGCAGCUGCGCCCGGAACUGCUGCUGUUGUUGGUAAAAAUUCACUUCUCGCAAAUGCGCUCAUCAAGGCCGCAGCGAAAAAGAGGAGCGUCGUUUCGGCUACAUCUUCUGCGGAGACCACAGGGAUGAAGAAUGAUGCGGCUGCAGCGGGACCAGGACCACGUGGUUUUGUACCUAGCACAGAAAAUUGCGCGGUGAAUCUUCAAAAUUCAACGGCGUCGUCGAGUUCUACGACCACAUCCACAGCAGCAGGAUCCUCGAGUGCGAAUCGUGGGGUGGACUACCACGACGAAGCAGGUGCAACAAGUGUUGCCACUUUGAAAAACAAAAACCCCCUGGCUCAUCCCCUGUCCUCGAGCUCGAAAACGGCCCCCGCGACUACACGCGCGGCAGUUCCGUCAACCGCUGUUGUGGAUCACCAUGGUUCAGGUCAGGACGGCGAUAAAAAUGUCAAGGAAAUAAGAAGUUUGGACAGUUCACUAGCCAGCCUAGCUUCAGGAACUACUACAUCAAAUACGAAAUCUGAAACAUCCUCAAGCUGCCAAAAGCUUCCGACGUCGGUCGAGUCGAGCUUUCUCGACACCCUUCUGCGCGGCCGCUUCGACAACUCCUUUGGCGGGGGCCACCAGAUGUUUUACCACCACAAUGACAGUUUGUUUCUAAACCGCGGCACCACCUACAACGUGCGGUGCCUGUUUUCCUGGCCCGAUGCGACGGGGGCAGGGGAGGAGGAGGAGGAGGACGCGAAGAUGAAGGACGGGCAGGAUGAUGAGUCGCAGGAGGACGGCGCUAGUAGUUCUAGCAAUUCAAGUUCUUCCAGCACUGCUUCCUUCGAGGACGUUCAAAACCUGCGGUACGGGUGGUUUUGCGUCGAUUUGGCCGCGUAUUUACUGCCCGCGUUUCUGGUCAAGUACGUCGGCGGAAACGCGUGUGCGCUGGAACACGCGUGCAGUUCGAUCAGCAGACAGCUGGAGCAGGUGUGGCAGCAUUGCGUUUUCGCCAUGCGCGGCACAGGGGACCCGAUCACCGUCACCCGCGUGCUAUUUAC